GCGAGAGAGCGCAAGGGGGCGUGGGCCCUCUCCCCGAGAGCCAUGACAUCAGGAAACAGCAGGAGUCUUUCUCAGUCGGGGUUGUCAGCUAAAGACGUCGGCCAGCAGAACCCGUUAAAGACACAGAUUCAACUUGGGGACUUAAGCGGACAAAGUAUUCUAAAAAUGGCUCAGAACUGUCUGAAAUGCUUAAAGUACGUCAUGUGCGCAUUCAACUUCCUCUUCUUCAUUUCGGGAGCCAUCAUGCUUGGCUUCGGGGUGUACCUGACCUGCUAUCAGACGAACUCGCUGCUCGACUCCAUGCAGUUUUUGACGGCGGCCAACCUGCUGCUCGUGUCCGGCAUCAUCGUCACCUGCGUCUCCUUCCUGGGCUUCAUCGGCGCGCUGAAAGAGAACCGUUGCUUCCUGCUCACCUUCUUCAUUCUGCUGUUGAUCCUGAUGCUGGUGGAGUUGACCGUCGCCUGCCUCCUAUUGACCUACGGGUCUGAGAUCGACACUUUGCUGGAGAAAGAGCUGAACACGGGAUUACAGAAUGAAAAAAAAAUGAAUUCGACAAAGACAGAUCUGAAAAGCGACUGGAAUCUGGUUCAGAAAACGUUCCGCUGCUGUGGAGUCAAUAAUUCGUCGGACUGGGGCGUGCAAGUGCCUCAAUCCUGCUGCAAGAAUGAUCCAUGUCUGCCCUCACCUAAAGACCCAUUCUACGAACAGGGCUGUCUGAGAGCACUGCAGACAUGGUUUGAGAAUAACUUCCUCAUAACUGGGAUCGCCGUUAUUGUCCUCUGCGUCGUAGAGGUACUGGGAAUGUGCAUCGCCAUGACGUUGUUCUGUCACAUCAGCAGCUCUGGGCUCAGCUACAAGCUCUAGAUUCCUACCCUCACUCAACCCUUACUGUGGCAUCCGUGCUUUUGUACAGUCCUGUCUUCUCAAACCACCAUAUUUUAAUUUCUUCAUUGUUUUUCUUUCAUAAAAAUCUUUAUUGUAAAUGAACCAAAGAAAAUGUAUUUAUGUUGGAAACAAUACCAAAAGUAUGCAACAUGUCUCAAAUGAUCCUCUUACAAAAAUCAAAGAGCCAAAUAAAUAUCAGAUAUAAUUAAUCAAAA